AUGACGCGCACCGAGCCCACCCAUAGCAACAUGUCCUGGGAGACAAAGAGUAUUGGUGCCAUCGAUGAUGGCAACCGGAUUGAUUCGGUCGGCCAGGAUGCCCGGCCUAGAGGACGAAUCCGCCGGUCUAUGACUGCCUGCAAUACAUGUCGCAAGCUGAAGACCCGGUGCGACCUGGAUCCACGCGGCCAUGCUUGUCGUCGCUGCCUUUCACUCAGACUCGAGUGUGAAUUGCCGGAAACCCAAGAUCGUUUCUUUCAGGACAAUGUGUCGACAUGGUCCGAGGCUAACGCUGCCAUUCCCUCGAUCGAGGAACGACUGGUCUCGUUGGAACGCGGCAUGGGCGAGAUGAUAAACUUGAUGCGGCAGAUGGCUAAUCAGUCAUCUAACGCUUCGGGUAGCCCUAACUCGCAUGCAGCCAGGAGUUUGGAUGAUUCGCCGAGCGAGCAUGGCCAGGUGCCCUCUUUUUCACUCAAGCCGGUCCAACUCAUAAGAGAUUUGCAGAUCGAGUGCUUUAAUGGGCGAGAUAACUAUACUACUGAUGUCGAUCUCCUGGGCGACAUCGUUUCCCAGGGAAUCAUAGAUGCUAAACUUUCCUUGAAGCUUAUUGAACUCUUCGCGGAAUAUUUUGGCCCUUGGGUCUCAAUAGAUCUUUCAUCUGGCAUACAACGGACAGAUACACUUCUUUUCAACACUGCCUGCUUGUUAGCUUCUCGGUAUUUGCCAGGCAUGCCUUCAAAUACCGUCCAUGAGAUCUCCCUUCAAGUGCAACAUGCUGUAACCAAAGCUUUAUGGCGAAAAACACCCUUGUCAAAUGACUGCCUUCAGGCGUUAGCCCUUCUUUGCCUAUAUCCUACAUCCAGUCACAAGGAAGGGUUUAUGGAUGGCUGGUUGCUGAGCGGGAUCUCAGUUAACCACGCCUUACUUUCAUUCACUUUCCUCAACCAACCAUCUAAUAAAAGCAUUUUGAGCGAUGAGAUACUUUCUCAGCUGCGUAUCUGGAACACAUUCUGUCUUACACAUUUACAUUCUGCUCUCGGCUAUGGCCGUUCGGUCAACGUGCAGCCGCAUUAUCUCGACCUUUGCACCCGCAUUUUAGAUCAUCCCAGAGCCACUUCCGAAGAUGGAAGAAUCCUUGCAGAGAUUCAACUCUACCGCAUUGCAUUGAAGCUCCAAAAUGAUCCUCAACGGCUCCGUUUCGCCGAGCCCGAAUACGAGGAAAUCGAGCGUUGGAAGAUCGAAUGGGCCCAUCUUCUUAGCAAUGAAGGCUCAUCAACACUCGAACUAAGCCUCUGGUUCAGCCAACUUCUCCUGCACCGCACAGCAACCCGCCUCCGACCAGAAUCCGACCGCCUAGCGCCCGAAAUAUGCAGCAACGCGCGUCUGAUCAUCUCCCGAUCCCUCCAAACCCGCUUCUCAGCCGCACCGGGUCUAACAGAUAAUGUGUACUACAUCCUCGGCUAUGCUGCUUUGACACUAUGCGACUACAACCCCUCCGACCCAUUGAUUGAUCAAGUGCGCUCAUUCCUUCUGCACCUCGCUCCGAACAGCGAUCACAUUGCAUAUCGGAUCGCCUACAUCGUCAACGAAGUCCAGCGCCGCUAUGGAGAAGCUUCGGACCCGGCUUCCCCUGGUGCAGAUGUCAUGAAGAGUAAUCUCUUCGCGGCGCCACGCACGGAGAAUAUCGAUUUGUCGACACUGAUGCCUGCGGGUUCUAUGGAGAGCCUUGAUGGAUAUGCGUGCUUUGAUCACCUUAUCCCGGCUGGGUAUGUGCCACCGCAGCCGACCUACCAAGCUCAGACUAUGUUCCAGCCACCUACGCACCCUACUGGUGGGUCAAUGCCUGUGGCCUUGGUACCAAGGAUGAUUCAUGACUUUUGA